AAUCCGAAAGCGUGAAACCAAGAAUCACGAUUUCUACUCUUUUCUUCCCACCCGACGCAUUCUCCUCAACAGUGUGCUAUAAGCUUUGUCUGUUUAGUUUAUUCACCUUAGAGUUCUGCUUGGUGGAUUGUUGGUCAGACUUUAAUUUGACUCUGUAGUUGAAAUUUUCUGUAGUGCAGAUCAAUCUCAUCAUUCAUGGGAAGGCGUAGGAGAUUGAGAAAUUCAAUUAGAAUUGUCAAGAAAGUCACACCAUCGCAACCCCCCAAUCACACCCAAGUCCGGCAGCCAACUGUGAGUCCGACACAUCAUGAACAUCUUAUUACUACACCUCAAAACACGGGUGAAUGUAUACAGUCACCAGUUGGUAAUAUUACAUCAGUUGAUAAGUCGUGGAUAAAUAUCGAACAAAGGGCCUCCCUCACAUAUGUCCGAGGUGCUAUGAGAUUCAUUUUGUUUGCCUCAAACCACCUAGAUGAAGAUGGAAAAAUCACAUGUCCCUGUAGGAUAUGUGUUAACGGGCAGUCUAUGUACCCACAGGAUGUCUUUGAUCAUAUAAUAUGGAAUGGAUUUCUUAGGGGCUAUGUCAACUGGGGAUUGCAUGGUGAGGCUGUUGGAUCAUCAACACCUGAGGUUGAAAUUAACAAAUAAGAUGAGGGUUUUCUUUAUGACAUGCAUGGUUUGUUGAGUGAUGCAUUUGGUAUGCAUGCUGCAAACACUGAUAUUAAUGGUGGUAUGAGUGUUGAUCUGGAUGGAACAUGCACUGAAGCAAGAGAUGACCAUUUAUAAUAAAUCAUUUAAAAAGCUAGAUGUGAUUAUAAUAAAUCUUAUGCAUUACAGAAAAUAUUAUUUUUUAUAAAUUCUUCAUAUCGCA